AUGCUACGAACACAAGCAAUCAAGCUCGCCAGAGCCGCCCCCGCGGUUCGGAGAUCUUUCUCUUCAGUCGCCAUGCGGGCAGCUGAAGGAGACACUGGUGCCACGAGACCAGGUGGUGUUGCAUCAAGUGAUGCGUUCACUCGCCGUGAGCAAGCGAGCGAAGCAAAAUACAUUCGAGAUAAGGAGUUGGAAAGCAUCAAGAAGCUGAAGGAGAAGCUUGAAGCUCAGCGUGAGCACCUCAACAAGCUGGACCAACACAUCAAAGAGAUGGAGAAUGAGAGAUCUGGUGGCGAGCAUCAUUAA